AUGAGUUCUUGGACCUCUGAACUCUCUUUUUGUUUAGCCCGUUGCAGCUGUGCUAUCAUUGUAAGCUAUACAUAUGCAAAACACUUUUCUUAUGCGUCCCAUGAUUGCAGGUUCAGCGAAUUUGGAGUUGAUGGUGGUCCUGCUGCGAAGAGUUUGAAGCCGAAAUAUGAUGUUUUCUCCAAGCAUGUAGUGACCCAAACUGGAAUUCAAAUCCCUCACGUAGAUAUGAAACAUUUGAUACUGGGGGCUAUCGUCUUGAAAUCUCUCGGAAGCCUCCUAUUUGUCUUUGAUAGCACUUUUGGAGCUGUGAUCCUGCUGCUGCAUCAAGCCAUUGCAACUCCCAUCUUGUAUGACUUCUACAACUAUGAAGCUGACCAGAGAGAGUUUAAUCAACUCUUUGUCAAGUUUACACAGGGUUUGGCAUUGCUCGGAGCUCUUCUCUACUUCAUUGGGAUGAAGAACUCAUUGCCAAGGCGAUCAUCAAAGAGGAAGGCGGCCACUAAAGCAAAAACCAAUUAGGAUGAAUGGAUAAUCAGCUUUAGUUGGUUUGUUGCAAUUUACCUUAUCUUUUUUUGUAGGAUUAUCAUGUCUACAUCAGUUCGAUAUUUUGUUUUCACAUCUUUAUUUUCCAGCUAGAGUAACUGAACAAUGCUACUUUUAAAUUCCAAAGUUUCAAUUGCACCGAAACUUCUUUGAUGAUU